AUGGCUCGGCGAGCGCGAAGCCGGAGGGCGCAGCUUGCGCUGGUUGCUGUCGCAGCUGCUGUGGCCAGCUGGCAGUCGAGUUUCGUCUUUGCAGGCCAGCCAGCGUUGCAGGCUUCCCGAGAGCCAAGUGUCUCGAGAGAGGCGGCCAAGAAGAUCUCCUUCAGGGAAGCUGGACAACAGAAGCUCCAGGCCGGAAUCAAUGCCGUGACAAACGCGGUCAAGGUGACCCUGGGACCAAAGGGCCGCAACGUGGUGCUCCAGAGAGAGUCGUUCCAGGUUCCUCAGAUCGUCAACGAUGGAGUCACCAUUGCCCGCGCAAUUUCACUGCAGGACAAAGAGAUGAACCUUGGCGUGAAGCUCCUUACGCAGGCAUCUGCAAAGUCCGAGACCAACGCCGGAGACGGCACGACCAGCGCUGCUGUACUGACCCAGGAGAUGGUCAACGAGGGCAUGCAGCUUGUCAGCAGCGGGUACAACCCUGUCCUCAUGCAGAAGGGUAUGAAGGCAGCAGCGAACUUCAUUGCCACAGAGGUAGACGACUUGGCCAAGCCAGUCCAAAGUGGUGAUCUGAAAGACAUCGCCACUGUGUCCGUGGGCGGAGACGAGGGCAUGGGGCAAAAGAUUUCUCAGGCUUUCGAAACAGUCGGUGACACCGGAAACGUUGUGAUCGAGGAGUCCCAGGUGCUCGAGGACGAGGUUGAGGUGAGCGAGGGCUUGACCUUGGAUCGAGGUUACAUCUCACCCUACUUCGUUACCGAUGCGCAACGCCUGGUGGCAGAGCUGAAGAAGCCCCGAGUCCUGGUAACCGACCAGAAGCUUUCCGAUGCAUACGACAUCCUGACUUUGCUGGAGGACCUGCUGAAGACGAAGCAGCCAAUCUUCAUCAUCGCGGAUGACGUGACCGGCGAGGCUCUUCAGACCCUUGUUCUCAACAAGCAGCGUGGCAUCCUGGACGUCGUAGCAAUCAAGGCGCCUGCCUUCGGUGCACGGAAGACGGCCAUCUUACAGGACCUUGCGCUCGCGACAGGUGCCGAAUUCAUCAACUCAGAGUUGGGUAUGACCCUUGCGGAUGCCACCGUGGAGCAGCUGGGCACCUGUGAGAAGGUGGUUGUGGAGAAAGAGAAAGCCGUGCUGGUGACCGACGGGACCCAUGCAGAGGCUGUCAAGGAGCGCAUUCAGCAGCUUGAGCAGCAGCUAGAGGAGACGGACAGCAGCUACGAUCAGGAGAAGAUUCAGGGCAUCGGCUACCGAUCUGCUCCUGAGCUUUCCGCCAAAGCGGAAGACCGACGACCCGCGAAGCGAGGAGAUGUCGUGGAGGGGGAGGCUGUGGACGAUUGGGUGAAGACCGACGAUGGCUACUACUUACCCCUGCGAGGUCCAGAGGGCCAGCAGCUCCUCAAGCGACAGGCGGAGAUGGUCCCCUGGGUCUGUGACCUUGGGCACCUCAAAGAGCCCAGCGCGCCGAGCGGGCCUAGCACGUCUGCAAAGUCAGAAGUGCGGGGCAUUGAGGAGCUCGAGAGUCUCCACCAAAAAUAUGACAAGAAGUAUGGGAAGCCAAAAAGUGCUGCUUCAGCCUCCCCGUUUGGACCCAUGGCAACGUCGCAUUUGGCCCACGAGAGCUACAUGAACGAGUUCCGACAGGGCCUGGAAGAGAUGGGAGUUGACACCAGCGACGACCCAUACCUCAAUCUCUAUGCGCCUAAGACCGGCGAGAGGGGCGGCAGCCGAAGUGGCAGCCGCGGCGGCGACAAGCCUUUGACGCGUGGGACGCUGACCCGCAGUGGGGACUCCAUCUCCCGACCCAGCAGCCGGGGGUCCCUGGCCAAGGCCGCUCCAGCUCCGAGAGGCAAAGGCGCCGAGGCAGGAGCAGGCUCCAUGCUUUCAAUGUGUGGAGCUGUUGUCGUCACGCGGUCUGCUUCCAGUGGGACCAGCGCCAGGUGGCGCGAGGGCCCUGGCAACGCCAUCCUGCCCGUGAAGGAGUGGACCAGCGUGAAGCACGGCAAGGAGGUGCUCAGCAGCUGCUCCAGUGGCCGCGUGGCAGACCUCUCCGACCGCAACAUCAUGUGCUUGUCCUUGCAGGGCGAUUUGGCAGUGUGUGGCAGUGCUGACCAUGGGUUGAAAGAGAUCAACGUCCGUUCGGGCACGGUCAUGAGAAACCUCUACACGAAGAGGUUUGGUCACACAGAGUGGGUGACGACAGUGUCACACUGUCGCGAUGGCCGAGUCAUCUCUGGCGGUCUUGACAGCAAGCUUUGUCUUUGGCAGGCAUCUGGCGUGUCCUGCGUCGACCUCACCGGACAUGUUGGCUCCAUCAGUCGCGUGCGCGCACACGCGCAGAUGGACAUAGCCAUCUCGGCAGCCUACGAUCGCACCCUGCGUGCCUGGGAUCUCCGGAAGAAGUCGGAGCUCGGCUGCUGCACAGGCCACGAUGCUUCCAUCACCGAGUUUGUUUGGGCAGAUGACGUGGUGGCCAGUGGUGACCGUGCAGGCAUGGUGCGGGUCUGGGAUGCCAGGACGGCGCAGCAGAUGGGCACCCUGCGUGGGCACAAGGGGCACAUCACCGCAAUGCUCGCCCUACCACAGGAAGGAAGUGGUGAAGAGGCUCAAGGGGGAGGCCCGCCAUCCGGGCUUGUUGCCACAGGAGCUCAAGACGGUCAGAUUCGCAUCUGGGAUCUGCGGCAGAAGCUGAACACUUUCACCAUGGCUGCGCACCCCGGUGGUGCCAUCAACGAGAUCGGGAUAACUUUGCGCAGUCCACCAGUGAUUGUUACUGCUGGGGCAGAUGGACGACUGCUUGGCUUCGAUCCAAGAUCAAGCUUCAAGCCGCUCUUUGAGUUCGGUGGCAUCACGACUGAUUUCAUCUACAGCAUGCUCGUGCUCGAUGACCUUGUCUUCACAGGAGACGGCCGUGGACGUGUGUCGUGCUUUGACAUCCGGAGCAGCCAGAAACUUUAUGUCCUGGACGCCGGGCAAAAUGCCAUCCGUUGCCUUGCCGCAACGGAGCGCAUUGCCUCUCUUGGUGGUGGCGUGGCCAAGAUCAAGGUUGGCGGUGCUACAGAGACGGAGGUCAAUGACAAGAAGCUUCGCUACACUGACGCCAUCAGCGCAGUCCGCAGCGCCAAGGAGAUGGGCAUCGUUCCCGGCGGCGGCAGCGUUUUGAUGUAUCUGACAGCCGAGAAGUUCCUGGAAAAAGUCCAGAAGGAGCUCCGAACGGAAGAUGAGAAGAAAGGAGCCGAGUUGGUCUUCAAGUCGCUCCAGGCUCCCAUCAGGCAGAUUGCUCGCAAUGCCGGAGAGGACCCCAGUGAGGUGGUCUUCAACGUGCGUGGUAAGGACUUUGGCUACGGCUACAAUGCUGCCACCAAGGUCUAUGAAGACUUGCUCCAAGCCGGAGUGGUGGAUCCUGCCAAGGUGGUGAUCAACUCAGUUGUCAACGCUGCUUCCAUUGCUGGCAUGGUCCUCACCACUGAUGCCAUCGUCACGGACCUUCCCACCACACCCGCACCCACGCCCGCGGGCGGCAUGGGCGGUGGCAUGGGUGGCAUGGGCGGUGGCAUGGGUGGCAUGGGGGGAAUGGGAGGGAUGUACUGA